UAGUUGGCCGGCCACCAAAGCCCAUUUUCUUGCUUUCUGCCAAUUUCCUGGCCAUAGCCGCCCAAGACUUCAUUCUCCCGUCAACGUGCUUCAUUUUUUUUUUCUUUGUUUUUCUUGAGUUUCUUUUUUCAUCUUUCUUCUUCUUUUUCUCAGAAAAAAAAAAAUUCAACACUUUACCGUCGCUUCCUUUGAACCUUAAGAGAGAGAAAGUCUCUAUCUCUUCUCCAUUCUUCCUUUUAUUCCUCACCUAUUUUAAAUGUCAAGGCUUGAACUUUAAAUCCUUUAAAUCUGAGCUAAGAUUCAAAGGUAGUUGGAUCCUAGUUUGAGGUGCUUCCUCAUACUCAUCUUUUGGGACUAACUGAGAAAUAAAAUGAGGACACAUAUGACACUUUUAGCUUCGUUGUUGCUGUGAUCCCAUAUUGGUCUAGCCUCUAUCAGAUGGAAUCUGAGAAUAACGGGAUUUCCCUUGAAUCAAAUGCUCAUCCUUUGGAGCAAAAUGAUGAGAUACAACAGACUUAUGAGAAAACGCAAGGCAAAAACAAAAGGAAGUUAAGUUCACAAGUUUCGAUCUUUUCUGAACAUUUUCCGAAGAAGAGUUCAAUUGAUGGAAAAGCAAUAGCAAAGUGCAAGCAGUGUGGAAUUGUUUUGAAUUGUGAUAGUAAGCAUGAGAUAGAUACUCUGAAACGUUAUAGUGAAAAUUGUGCUGGGAGAGACACACGUGACAUAGGUCAAAUGAUUUCUUCUAAUCAACAUGGGUCUGUGUUAACAAGGUCUUCAAAUUUUGAUCCUGAAAAGUUUCGUGAAUUGGUGAUAGGUGCAAUUCUCAUGCAUAAUUUGCCAUUAUCAUUUGUGGAGCAUAGUGGGAGCAGGGAUCUUUGGUCUUACUUGCAUGAAGAUGUGACUUUGAUCUCUAGUAACACUCUUAAAGCUCAUAUGAUUAAGAUGCAUCGUACAGGAAGAAGCAAGAUAAAAUACUUGCUUGAGGAAACACCUGGGAGGAUUAAUUUGACUUUUGAUCUGUGGAAUUCUAUCACUACUGAUAUAUAUAUAUGUGUUAUUGCUCAUUUUGUUGACAAAAAUUGGGUUUUACAGAAAAGAAUAUUGAAUUUUUCCUUUAUGCUGCCUCCAUACAAUGGUGUUGCAUUGAUUGAAAAGGUGUAUGCAUUACUAGCUGAAUGGGGAAUUGAUAGUAAAUUGUUCUCUGUGACAUUGGAUAAUAAUUUGGCUACUAAUGCUUUUGUUGAAUUGUUGAAAGUGAACUUGAAUGUAAGAAAAGCAUUUUUAGGAGGUGGCAAGGUUUUUCAUCUAAGAUGUUUUGCUCAAGUUCUUAAUACGAUUGUGCAAGAUAGUUUGAAAGUGGGUGAUUGUGUUGUCCGAAAAGUGAGGGAAAGUGUUCAGUAUGUGAAAGGGUCUCAAGUGAGAAAACAAAAAUUUCUAGAGUGUGUGACACUAAUGAAUUUGAAUGCAAAAGGAGGCUUGAGACAAGAUGUUCCGAAUAGGUGGAAUUCCACAUUUCUCAUGCUUGAAAGAGCCCUUUACUUCCGCAUGGCUUUUUCUCACUUAGAGAUUAGUGAUUCAAACUAUAAGUAUUGUCCGUCUAAAGACGAGUGGGAACGAGUUGAGAAACUUUGCAAACUCUUGGCUGUUUUUUAUGAUAUUACUUGUGUUUUUUCUAGAACAAAGUACCCAACAGCCAACUUAUUUUUCCCUCCCAUGUUCAUAGCACACUCAACUUUGCAAGAACACAUGAGUGGACAGGAUGUGUAUAUGCAAUACAUAAGUACUCAAAUGUUUGCUCAGUUUGAGAAGUAUUGGUCUGAUUUUAGCUGGAUUUUAGCAAUAGCUGUGAUAUUGGACCCUCGUUACAAGAUUCAUUUUGUGGAAUGGAGCUAUGGGAAGCUUUACGGGAAUGAUUCAACUCAGUUUAAAAACGUUAGAGAUCGGUUAUUUUCUCUUUAUAAUGAAUAUGCUGUCAAGGCUUCUCCUACUCCAUCCUCUUUUAAUAAUACUUCAGAUGAGCAUACUUUGACAGAGGGAAAAAAAGAUUUCUUUGAGGAGUUUGACAGUUAUGCGACUAUUAAGUUUGGGGCUGCCACCCAAAAAUCUCAAUUAGAGUGGUAUUUGUCUGAACCAAGGGUUGAGAGAACAAAAGAAAUAAAUAUUUUACAAUUUUGGAAAGAAAACCAGUAUCGGUAUCCUGAGCUUGCUGCCAUGGCUCGAGAUGUCUUGAGUAUUCCCAUAUCUGCAAUGGCAUCUGAAUUUGCCUUUAGUGUUGGUGGUAAAUUCCUUGACCAACAUCGUAGCUCACUCAAACCAGAAAUUUUGGAAGCCACUGUUUGUUGCAAGGAUUGGCUAUUUGGGGAAGCUGAACAUGAAGACAUGGAUUUAAACGUGAUUAUAGAGGAUAUUGUGAACUUAGAUGUUAGUAUGGAAGAAGUUACAUCAGCAAACCGAGAGGUUGAAGUGAAAGAAUGAUUUGUGACCAUGGCCAAGGAGUUUUUAAUCUUGAUUUUUGGUGUUUCAUUAUGUUUAUAUUGAAUGGUAUUUGGAUUUUAUUAUGAUUCUCCAUGUUGAUGUUGAUGUCGGUGUCGACUUUUAUUAAUUAUUAUGCUUAUGUUGAUGUUGAUGGGCUUAUUCUGACACUUUUCAGCAUACUCGGUGCAUUACUGCUGUUUUGUUAUAAUUAUCUUAUGAUUAUUAGUUUUAAAUUUUAA